GCAGAAGCCGGGCUAGUCCGGGCAUGUGGGAGCCGCUGCCCUGCGUGCGACCAUGUGGAGGCCGGAAGAGGCACUUGUGGGCGUCCGCAGUUUUUGUCUAUGUGCCCUGCUUCUAUCUCUGAGGGAAGAAGCCUGAUCUAACCAGCUUUCGUCCAUCAGCAAGUUGUACCUGGGGUUUCUUUAGUAACAGUGAAGGGAAAGAGUUGGCAGGCAAGUAUCCUCAAGCAAACAAAACUCAGGGGCACUGAGCAGCAGUGGGUCACAGCCUGGUAGAGAGAUGGCCACCCACGCCUCCCUCACUGAGUUGGCAGGAAUGGCACCAAAAGAAAGCUCCAAAUACUUUCAGUGCUCGAGCGCGCCUUUUACCAACUCCAGCGGCAAGGACGUGCCCCGCUGGUGGCAUAAGAGGAAGAGCCGGCGGCACCAGCGCUUCAUGAUGCACAAAGCCCUUCUAGAGAAGCGAGGGGUGCUGGGUACCCCCCCAGAGUCAGAGGGCACCCUCCAUUUGGCCAGAUCAGAGGUUCUGGAGGAAACAGAAAGGACCAAGUAUAAUGUACAUCCCGCCACACUUGGAUCACCUGGCACCCAGCCCAGAAAAAAGCCUAUUCAGAAGAUUGAAUCCAGCAAAGGCACUACCUCUGGCCAUGCUGUGCCCAACAAGUGUGUGGCCAUUGACUGUGAGAUGGUGGGCACUGGCCCUGGGGGGCGGGUGAGUGAGCUGGCCCGAUGCUCAGUGGUAAGCUACCACGGGGACGUUCUGUAUGACAAAUACAUCCGGCCUGAGACACCCAUUGUGGAUUAUCGGACCCGCUGGAGCGGUAUCACCCGCCAGCAUAUGAAGAAUGCUAUCCCCUUCAGGGUGGCACAGAAGGAGAUCCUUAAACUGCUGAAGGGCAAGUUGGUGGUGGGCCACGCACUCCAUAAUGACUUCCAGGCUCUCAAAUACUUCCAUCCCCGCAGACAAACUCGGGACACCCUUUCUGUCCCUAGCCUAAUCAACCAAACGGGUUUCCCUGUCCGAGCCCAAUCCUCUUCUCUCAAGAACCUGGCCCUGCAGCUGCUGAACAAAAGAAUCCAGGUUGGCCGGCAUGGGCAUUCGUCUGUGGAAGACGCUACAACUGCCAUGGAGCUCUACCGGCUGGUCGAGGUGCAAUGGGAGCGGAAAGAGGCCAGCAGCCACCCCUCAAAUUGUGAGGAGAGCCCCCAGGACAGCGGCACAGACACGGAGCACUACAUGGAAGACCAGUUCUGGCUAGAAGAGCAGACUGAAGGCUGUAAAUGAUCGAAGGGCUCCCAGGGUGGGAAGAGUAUGAGCUUCUGUGGGUAACCCAGUAAAACUGGCCUUGUAAUG